AUCCUCAGAGACAACACAGCUCCUACUUCUUGGUACUAUUGAAGGUAAACUCGAGAAUGUCAUGUAUGGGGCAGUAACCACAACGGACGACGAAAUGAAGAUUCCGUCGGCCUGCUCAAAAGAAAGCGUGCAAGAUAGCAAAGUGCUUUACAAAAUUAUUCAUUCGAGUUGUCGCGAUCCUUUCCGCUCUGUCGCUUUGAAAUGGAGAAUGCGACUAUGUGUCACUCGACACAACAGGGAUGACUAAACUCUAUGGAUGUGAACGGAUAGGAUACAGUAUUUCACUUUCCGUAUCUCUUUCGGAAAUUCCAAGACGCACAACAUUGAACGAGAAAACAUGUCCGUGUGUUCAUUGUACCGCCAAAAAAACACCAACUAUCGUGGAAUGUUACGUACGCGGAUUGUUUAACUUUAAAGCGAAAAAGGAAGUGUUUAAGAACAUUUCUAUUUAAACAAUUGCGACGCAGUGGUCGGUUUUUACACGAAUGAGCGCAUGUGCUCUCGCAAAGAAGCUAUCUUGGAAGGUAUGCAAGGGCUCUGAGUGGAACUCUCAAUUUUUUCGAACCAAUCGGUUGGCCGACAACCUCUACGAUUUGACAGUACCUACCCAUCGACGUCGACCAGCAACUGCUAACGUAUGUGGUAUAUGUUUUCAAACCUUAACCUUAAUCAUAUGUAUCUGACGUACCUGCACGAGCUGCAAGCUGCCAGUCUGCUCGAAAUGCGUCGACAAGAGAAAAGUCAUUGUUCUCAAACCCAACCAACACACGGCACUCGAAUAAAAGCGUUUGUUUCGUAUAUCGUGCAUGACGGCAGUGGAAAGAUACGAUGUGAUGCUUAUAGUGAGAGAGGAGCUCGUUUCAAAACCGAGAUUGGAGUAGGAAACGACGACAUGUAUUCGGCCCGAACAUAAUUGUCAAUUGACAACUCUAGCUUCUACUCUUGCUUCGAAUCUUGACAGCUCACCGUGUGACCAACUUUGAUUUGACAAUAGCAACAUUGUGGAGCAGCACGAAAAGGGAGUGACGCGAAAUAGAAUGAAUCUUAGUUCGUCGAUAUUUAUACAAUGGAAGAAAAAAAAAUUGACUUUGUAGAAAC